AUGUCGAACCCCCCACUUCCCUCGGCCCCUGCCACACCCUCCACCGAACCAUCCCAAGAACCCCCGACGCCUGCUAGUUCGUCCACCGCAGUCUCCCCGAUGCCAGGCAUCUCCUCAACCGGAACGCCCUCGGCGCCGGCCAUGUCUUUCACCGGAAUGCCCUCGACUUCAACCACGACAUUCACCGGAGUGCCCUCGGCGUCGGCCUGGUCCUCCAAUUCACUUCCCCCCAUCAGUUCCCUCACCGCACCCCCCUCGAUAUUCGCUGUGCCCUUCGCACCGCCCUCAGCACCGGUCUGGUCUAGCAGCCCGCUACCCCCGAUCAUUUCGUCCACUGCACCUCCCUCGAUAUUCGCCGUGCCUUUUGCACUGCCCCCGGCACCAGGCACACCCUUCACCGAAUCGCCGCCGCAAAACCCGACACCUUCCAGUUCGUCCACCGCACUUCCCUCGAUAUCCACCUGGUCCUUCACCCCACUGCCCUCCAUCAGUGCCUUCACCGCACCAGCCCCAGUGCCACUCUGGCCCGAUGCCCCACAACGUUCGAAAUCGACCGCGCGCUUCACCACACCGCCCCCGAAACCAACCCUGAAGCUCCUCGCAUUCCCCAACGAAAUCCUCUAUAAUAUCCUCGAGUUCCUCCUCCCAGUCGACAUCAAGAACAUCCGCUCGCAUCCAUUCGUAGCUCUCUCCAGCACGUGCCGGCUCCUAUACCACUUAAUAGAGACUCGAUGUUUCCGCGCCCUCAAGAAUGCAGCCGAAAAUCCCAAGUUCCGCAACCCUCCCAAACAACCAUUUAUCACGGCUCGAGCGAACUGUUACCGGAACAUACUUAUCCGCUGGCUCGUAAGACGGUGCAGAUACUGCCUGAUCUCGUCGUCGCGGCUGGCGGCGAUGGACGAGAGCAUCCGCUGCUGCCGCCCCUGCGACAAGAAUCUGCACAAGCUGUACGGCAUCGUCGCCCUUCGCUCGGCCGAGGAGAUGUGGGGGGUGGCUGAGAGCGAGCUGCUACAGAACAUCCCUCACGGCCCUCACGGCGACAUGAGGCGCUCCCUAGUGCGGGGCUACGUCGAGCGGAAGUUCGGCUUCGACGCCGAUCUGAUCCGUGCGGCCCGAAGGGCGCACAUACUCGCGCGGCCGGUCGCCAUGGACGUGCACAAUUCGUUGCAGAGCCGCGAGCAGGCGGCCGAGAGGUUCUGGGUCGAUAUGCGCGAGGACUGGGAUCUGGUGUUUGCUCAGACGGGGCUGGUGCUUAAGCGGCCCACGAACGCGCAGCUGGACCUGAUCGAGGCGAAGUUCUGGGAGGCAUUUCAUACCGAGGAGGUGAGGAGACGCUGGCGAAGAAUGCACCGCGAGAAUGCCGCCGCCUUCGCCCUCAUACGGGAGAUCGAGGACGACCCGCAUAUGAGGGCUAAUUGGUACUGUGAGGUCGCCGGGAAUAAUCCGGACAUCAUACUUGGCAGGGUCAAGUACGAAGACGUGGUACAAAGGUUGACGGAAAAGUAUGAGGAACGCCAGGCGAGCAAGAAGCAGAGGGCGGCGGAUACGGUACAUUCGGAGAACUUCGGUUUUGGCACGGGCGGUGACUGGCCUGGUUCUUACAAUGUCCGGGUUUAG